UCAAAACAGGUCCCUUCUUUCCGCGCCCGUGCAUGCUGCGAACAGCUGAUGUGGUGCUCCUCGCUGUCACACAGUCGUGAAACAUUUUCUCCCAAUUUUUUCCGCGAACAUAACUCGACAUGACGAAAGAAGAAUUGCAGGGGGCAACAGAGGAGGAGCAGCAGGCUCAGUCAAAGAAAGCCCUGAAGAAACAGCAGAAGGAAGCGGAGAAAGCUGCAAAGAAGGCUGAGAAACAGGCCAAAAUGGCUUCUGAACAACAAAGCACAGAAGAAAAUGACUUUGCCAAGGACCGAUAUGGUGUGUCACCGAUGGUUCAGUCCCAACAAAAGCUGGACAGGGAAUUGGUCCGAGUCCAAGACCUUACACCAGAGAAAGCUGACCAGCUGAUCUGGCUGCGUGCCCGAGUCCACACCAGCCGAGCUAAAGGGAAGCAAUGCUUCUUGGUCUUGCGUCAGCAGCAGUUCAACGUGCAGGCACUGGUCGCAGUGGGAGAUCGUGCCAGCAAGCAGAUGGUCAAGUUUGCUGCAAACAUCACCAAGGAGAGCAUCGUAGAUGUGGAGGCGACGGUGAGGAAAGUGGAGCCGAAGAUCGAGAGCUGUUCCCAGCAGGACGUCGAGCUUCACGUUGAAAGGAUUUUUGUCAUCAGCCAGGCAGAGCCUCGUCUUCCGCUGCAGCUGGAGGAUGCUGUCAGACCUGAAGGAGAGGGAGAAGAGGAAGGCAGAGCAACUGUUAACCAGGACACCAGGCUGGACAACAGGGUGAUUGAUCUCAGGACAACCACCAGCCAGGCCAUCUUCCGCCUUCAGUCAGGUGUGUGCCAGCUCUUCAGAGACACACUCACCAAAAAGGGCUUUGUGGAGAUCCAGACGCCGAAAAUCAUAUCAGCUGCCAGUGAAGGCGGAGCUAACGUCUUCACAGUGUCUUACUUUAAAACCAGCGCCUAUCUGGCCCAGUCUCCCCAGCUCUACAAGCAGAUGUGCAUCUGCGCCGACUUUGACAAGGUCUUUUGUGUAGGUCCAGUUUUCAGGGCGGAAGACUCCAACACUCACCGUCACCUGACCGAGUUUGUGGGUCUGGAUAUUGAGAUGGCUUUCCGCUACCAUUACCACGAAGUGAUCGACUCUAUCACUGACACCAUGGUGCAGAUCUUCAAGGGCUUGAGAGACAACUUCCAGACAGAGAUUCAGACGGUGAAUAAGCAGUUCCCAAGUGAGCCUUUCAAAUUCCUGGAGCCCACUCUGAGGCUGGAGUACACCGAGGCCGUGGCCAUGCUGCGUGAGGCCGGGGUUGAGAUGGGUGAUGAGGAAGACCUCAGUACACCCAAUGAAAAGCUGCUUGGCCGUCUCGUCAAGGAAAAGUAUGAUACCGACUUCUAUGUGCUCGAUAAGUACCCGCUGGCUGUUAGGCCGUUUUACACGAUGCCUGAUCCAAACGACCCUAAAUAUUCCAAUUCUUAUGAUAUGUUCAUGAGAGGAGAAGAGAUCCUCUCUGGAGCUCAGAGAGUCCAUGAUGCUCAGCUUCUGACAGAAAGGGCCAUCCAUCACCAGAUUGAUCUGGAGAAGAUCAAGGCAUACAUUGACUCCUUCCGCUAUGGCGCCCCCCCACAUGGUGGCGGAGGCAUUGGUCUGGAGAGAGUCUGCAUGCUCUACCUGGGUCUCCACAAUGUGCGACAGACCUCCAUGUUCCCACGUGACCCUAAGCGCCUGACACCUUGAACCUUCCAGUGUGGACAACUAGAAUGCUGGUGAUGGGAAACAAUACUGUCUAAUACUAUAAUAAUCAGGAAAUGCAGAGCGUAUAGGAUCUAGUGCCACCACUGACAUGAGAGAAGAAAACAGUUUUAACAGCAGGGUAUAAUUUAUUGAUUGGUGUGCAUCAUUUACUAACAACAAAUAGAAACAUCAAUGAGAACAAAGGAAAUGGCCAGUGAUUAAAGACCGUUCCUAGAAAGCUCUACUCACACACUUCAUUUUUAAUCAAUGAGUUGGUAUUUGUCUAGGUUUUCUCUUUGGAGAGAUUAAAAGUACUUUACAACAGAUCUUAGACCCUCUUACUACCAGCACAGAUGUUUGACUAAUGAUUGUGGUGUCCAGCAGUAUGACUACAAAUACACAACCUUUGUAAGUCUAAACACUGACAAUAAAAAAAGUGUUAAUCUGUAAAUGA